AUGCAGACAGGACAGAUAAAGAGCCAAAGAAAGCACAAAGAGGUCCAGCCGCUUGCAGAGGAUGCAAUAAAGGCUGUGCUCGCAGGCCCGCAGGAUUACACUGCCUACAGGAAAACAGGGCCCGAAAAGGCCAGCGAGUAUGCGGAGGCCAUGGCGCAAAUACUUCAGAGGCAGCAGGAAACGGAGGAAGACAAGGAAAACCAAAGCGAGCGCAUAAUACUCAGCACGUGGUCCAUAAAGCUGGUCUGCAGCUCGGAGGGGGAGCUUAAGACGAUUGUCUUCGGCAUAAUAGAGGGCACGCAGGACAUUGUGCAGAGCUCGUUCAUCAAGGAGCGGGUUUCUUCGCACUGCGUGAUGUCGAAAAACACGAUGUAUGAGCUGGCUGGCAGCUUUGACAGCACAGUGGAGCCAUACCCAGGCUUUCGCAGCAGCACGCUGAGCAAGUUCAAGUGUGGGUUUCCGGAAAACUGGAGCGCUUUGAUAGAGAAAGAGGUCCAGCACAUAGCCAGCAAGGAGAAGAAGCCGGCGCAGAAGACAAAGCCCCGAACAAAAAGAAGAAAGUGGAAAAACUGA